AUGAAUCCCCAGUCACUCGUUUCACUCCUGCUCGCGCUGGCCGCGCUGCAACCAUGCGAAGUUGCUUCUCUUGCGGUGCCCCGGCCACCAACCUUGAAGAGCCGUUCACUCCUUCCUCCUUUCUCGUUGCCGCAAGAUGACCUGCUCGACCUGACGAGGGCAGUAGAUAUCACGGCAAAGCAGCUUGGCUACUUGUAUGGCCCUCCGGUCGCAGGAGGGCCUUUCUUUCCCAGCGGCGCUUUGGGUCUGGCAAAGGUCGCCGCCGACCAAGUCGAGAUCCAGCUCGAUGAGGCACCGAUCCUCGCGGCGGUUGCUGUCGAUACCACCGACAGUACGGUGUCAGCCCCUCAGUACAACGGCCUGCAGACCUUGGACGAUUACACCCUGUUAUAUGACGGCCACUGGAAGGCAACUCUUCCAUCUGGUCCAGUGCCAGGAAUGUUGACCAACUACACCCAAGACCUUUUGUUUUCAAUGGAACGUCUCUCACUGAGCCCCUAUCAGGUAAAAAGGCUCAAUCCCUCCUCAGACACGUUGCAGUUCAGUGUCGACGAUGACGUUGCGACGGACCUUACAGGCAUGACACUGCAACAACUGUUCCAAGCUGGACGGCUCUUCUAUGCCGACUAUCGAGACCAGAAAGAUCUCACUCCGACCGAUCGCUUUGCCGCCGCAUGCGAUGCUUUCUUCUACAUUGACCAGACCUCUGGGGAUUUCUUACCGCUCGCUAUUCGUACCAACGUGGGAUCGAAUUUAAUCUACACUCCCAAAGACGACCCAGCCGACUGGCUACUAGCAAAGAUUAUGUAUAAUGUCAAUGACUUUUGGUUUGCGCAGUGGAACCAUCUGGCGAGCACCCACGAGGUUGUCCAGAUCACAUAUCUGGCUGCCAUCCGAACGCUGAGCGACAACCAUCCAGUUCUUGCUCUGCUAAACCGAAUCAUGUACGAGGUGUACGCGAUCCAACCACUGGCCGAGACUCUUCUGUUUCUUCCUGGUGCAGCUGUCGACCAGGUCUUCGCCUAUACGGGUUCCUCGGCCCAAGACUACACCACCAACUUAUACAAGAACGGCGGCAGUGGUCGCUUUCAAGCCAACUAUUUCAAGACCGACCUCGAGACCCGCGGACUGAUCAAUUCCAACUUUGGUCCCGCGUUGAAAAACUUCCCUUUCUACGAAGAUGCUUCGACUAUAUAUAAUGCGAUCCACGCCUUCAUGACAUCCUUUGUGAACUCGUACUACGCCAAAGACUCAGAUAUCACGGCCGACAAUGAACUUCAGGCGUGGGUGAAAGAGUCCCAAGGCCCUGCGGAGGCGAUUGACUUUCCCUCAAUUACGACCCGAAGCGCCCUGAUUGACGCUUUGACACACAUGGCUCAUCUUGUUUCUACCUCCCACCACACGAUCAACACCAACGAGUUGCUCUCGGCCAGUUCUACGCUGCCCUUCCACCCUCCUUCUCUCUACCAGCCACCCCCCUCUGCCAAAGGGUUUACAAAUGUGGUGGAUUUCCUCCCGCCUCUUGACAAGGUUGAAGCGCAGUUCAGUGUGGCAGCCAUCUUUGUACGCCCCUUUUUCGUGGGCACGAACCGCACCCUGAUGCACAUGUUUGAAGAUCCGGUUAUGCUCAGCCGCAUGAAUAGCGCUACCCAAGCGGCGGCAACAACCUUCUUCAACAGCAUGCAGUCAUUCAGUGGACAGGUUUCUGCACGUACAUUUGACGGCAAUGGCUUGUCCCAAGGGAUGCCGUUUGUGUGGCAGGCUUUGGAUCCGAAUGUGGCGCCAUUUUCUAUCACUUCUUAG